ACACACUCAGACGCUGUGAUGUCGCCAACUCUUCUGGCUCUUUGCUUGCUGGCAUGUUUCCUCUCUGGCAGCGAUGCUUAUCCAGUCAAGCCUGCCAAUCCCCGGGAAGGAGCUCCGCCUGAGGAGCUUGCCAAGUAUUACUCUGCACUGAGACAUUAUAUCAAUCUCAUUACAAGACAGAGGUAUGGAAAAAGAGACAACCCAGACACUGUAUUUUCUGACCUGUUUGUGAAAGAGAGCGCAGAAACUCUUCCAGGAUCCAACUAUAUACGAUACGAAGGGCUCCCGGGGUGGUGAUUCUGCCUGCUUUGUCACGUCCAGAAGAUGGUACAAUAUGUCUCUUACCAACACGGCAGAAACUUGUGUUGCAUGAAAUAAACUUCAUUUGUCUGUCUGUCC